UCACACAUGAAUGGUCUAAUAAUUUUCAUCAAAAGCACUUAUGAGAAGUUGUUGUGGACGCCAUUUAUAAAUCCGUUCACCAAAUUUAUGGAGAAAUCCGCAGUUGAUGGAAGUCAUUCAGAAGAAUCAUGUCCUCAUUUGAAAAGUACCCCAGAGAACGAACGUUUACCACAGUCUCUCAGUGAAAGUCAUCUCAGUGGAAAGCAGGACGUCCUCAAUGGAAAGACUGAACUGGAAGGAACAUUUAAGGAGUCUGAAUUAGCAACCUGUUCUCUAGAAUUAUUUUCACCAUUAUUUAAGGAUACCGUUGAAGAGAUUAGUUUUGAAAAUGCUAAUCUUUUCGCAUCCAGUUUGAAGGUUUCUAAACAGGAAAAAUUAGCAAAAGAAUUAGACACUUUUAAACAUGUAAAACAAGCCUUAGAACAUCUUCUUAAAAAGACAGAAUACCAACAAGUAGGGGACAGUUUAUCCAGUAUGUUAGAGAAGCUAACUGAUAAUGAAAGUGAAAAUACUAAUCUAAAGAAGAAGGUACUUGAAAAGGAGACCUAUAUUCAAGAACUUUCUUGUUUGUUUCAGAAUGAAAAGGCAAAUGCUUUGAAAGCAAACCGUUUUUCACAGUCAGUAAAAAUAGUACAUGAACGACUACAGCUCCAAAUUCAUAAAAAGGAAGCAGAGAAUGAUAAAUUAAAAGAAUAUAUAAAGAACUUAGAAACCAAGAUAACUGGUUGGAACUCAGAAUUGAGAAAGAAUAAGCAUGAAGCUGUAGCAAUGAAAGAAUCAAGUAGGCAAAAAACUGUAGCUCUAAAAAAAGCAUCUAAAAUUUACAAACAAAGGCUUAAACACUUUACUGGAAACAUGGAAAACCUUACCUCCCAAAUUAGAGAUCGGGAGGCCAAGCUGUCUGAAACUAUUUCAGCUUCCAAUGCCUGGAAAAGUCAUUAUGAGAAAAUUGUAAUAGAAAAAACGGAAGUGGAAGUUCAGAUUGAAACAAUGAAAAA